UCACCGGUGAAACAGGGCCCUGGCCGCGCGCUGGGGGAGGGGUUUGGGACGAUUUGUUUUAUUAUUAUGCUUUUAAUGAAAAUCUGGCAAUGCCAAGUUAUCUAUGCUGUAUAUCAUCACCAGCUGGGAUUCCUGUACUCUGCAAAAAGAAGGGUGACAUUGCCAAUCUACCAUUUCCAAUCCAGGCUGCCCUAAAUGGAGCGUUUGUUUUUGGCAAGUCAUUUGAUGUUCAUCUACUAAGUGUGGAGACAACAUGCUGCCAAAUAAGAUGGAGAGAGUUCCAGGACAGUGUGACGGUGAUCCUGAUCUGCGAGCUGUCCACCGGCGACCCCAUCCACUUGGACCAUCUGAUGGACCAGAUCUGGGACGCCAUGGUUCUCUGCGUCGGGGUCGAUGACCUCGCAAACAUGGCCAACGUCGAAAAGGUCAAACGGCAACUCAAGGGCUGCUACCGACUGGUGGAUCGCCUGCUGGACGGCCUGGAGGAGGGACACGACACCUUCUGCGACCUCACCGGCCUGCCGGACGUCAUGCUACUGCCGCCGUCCACCAAACUGCAGAUGGCGCUGGAGCUGGUGACCGAGUCAGCCGACUCUACCUACGGCUGCCUUCUGGUGCACGGCCGGCUGGCGGCGGCCACGCGCAACUGGCACCAGCUGGCCGCGCGCGACCUCUGCCUGCUGGCCAUGUACGUUCGCGCGGCCCGGGGCUCGGCCGCCGCCCGGGACGUCUCCGUCUUUCUGCCCGUCAAGAGCCCGCACGUCCCGUUCCGGCUCCUCGUCUGCCGGCUCUCCGAGGUCUCAGAAGUGUGUGUCCUCUGCGGACCGACUCCAUCCCUGGAGGAGCUCGAGCGAGAGACGGUGCGCCACUGGGGACCCGUGCUGGAGACAGUGCGCCUCCAGGAGCUGGCGCAUCCCCGCGACCUGCCUGCAUCGGUGGUGCUCGACCCGGCCCUGCUCAGUGUUCUGGUGGAGAGCGAUGCCAUCCAGCGCUGUGUGGCCUCCUGUAGCCCCCACGGCGGAGUCCCCGAGAGGCCCGCCGCCGCCCCCGCCCCCGCUCCCGCUGCCGCCGCCGCCGCCAUCGAGAGCCGCCGCCGCCAGCUGCGGGCCUUCUACCGAAUGUCUGCCAGUCAGCUGCAUCCAGGCCGAUUCGACGGCUCAGCGCCAGUGUCAGCAGACGGCGGAGGCGGCAGCGACGGCGCGCAGGCCACGGAGACCUACUCGAUAUCAGACGACCACUGCUGCUACGGCCUGCGCUCGGGACCCAACUCCGUCUACGCACUGUUCGUCAAGGACACGCCGCCCCAUGUGAUGAGGGGAGUGACUCAGAACACAUUGCAACAGCUGACUUCCAUCAAACAAGUCCGCUUCUGAGGUCCGCUGCGUCCAUGGCAUGAACAAAUGACGCCACUGUCUUCCGUCCUCCAAACGACUGUGAUAUACAUUCCGUCCUUCCUGCUACUCAUUCAGCAUCUUCACAAAGUGAAGCGCUCAAAUCGGCGUUCGUGGGCGUCCGUGUGAUUGUGCGCUGAGAGGUGACGCAUUCCGC